GAAAUAAGUAUUACGUAUGUGUGGCAGAAUUUAUGAAAAGUGGUUUGUCAGUUUAGGAAUGAACAUUCUCGGGGCUGUUCCUUGAAGGUUCUCACAUGUUUAGUUUUGCAGAUUUGCAGCACUGUUGAACUUAAACGUUGAUUGCUGUCUUCGAUAAAGACAACAGACUGUCACGAUGAUUGCAGCUCGUUUUGCCAGAAUUCCGAUCACAGCUUUCGUAAGUGGUGUGUCCAAACAGUCUUUUUCAAAUCUUCGACCGGGACAGAGAUGUGUCUAUUCACAGCUAAGAAACUAUGCUUCAGAAACAAGAGCAGCUCGGCGAACAAGAGCAAGGAGUUUAAAAGAAAUAGCUAUGGCUCCAGCUGGCUCCUCAGCUUUCAAUUUGGGUAGAGGUGUUGUUGCUGGAGCAUCCUUAGUGGGAGUUGGAGCCCUAUGCUUUUAUGGCCUUGGAAUGUCCAGUGAAGUUGGAGCAGUUGACAGAUCUGUGUUAUGGCCAGAUGAAGUUAAGAAGCGUAUCCGUGACACAUACAUGUAUUUUGGUGGCACCAUUGGUUUGACGGCAGCCUCUGCUGUGGCUGUCAGCAGAACUCCUGCUUUGAUGAACCUCAUGAUGAGAGGUUCUUGGCUGGCCAUUGGAGCAUCAUUUGUGGCUAUGAUUGGAGCUGGCAUAGUAGUGCGGUCUCUCCCCUACAAGGAAGGGUUUGGAGCCAAGCAGUUAGCCUGGGUGGGGUAUUCCAGUAUUAUGGGUGCAAUCGUUGCUCCUCUCUGCAUGUUGGGUGGCCCCCUGUUGGUGAGGGCAGCCUGGUACACAGCAGGAGUUGUGGGAGGGCUGUCAACAGUAGCAAUGUGCGCUCCGAGUGAGAAGUUUUUGAACAUGGGAGGACCGCUAGCAAUAGGAUUGGGGCUGGUAUUUGCCUCUUCUGUUGGUGGGAUGUUCUUGCCGCCCACAACAGCAUUAGGUGCUGGCCUCUACUCAGUCAGUAUCUAUGGAGGUCUAGUUCUUUUUGGACUUCUCUUACUGUAUGACACACAGAAAGUCAUCAAGAGAGCAGAGACCUAUCCUACCUACACCGCACAGCCCUAUGACCCUAUCAAUGGGUGCCUUGGAAUUUAUUUAGACACGUUGAACAUCUUUGUUCGUAUUGCGACAAUCCUUGCUGGUGGGGGAGGUCGGAAGAAGUAAUCAUGACAAGUGUACAUACAUGUAUCUUCCUGUGAUCCUAUUGAGACUCUGUGAGGAGCUAUAACUCAGUACAUGAAACUGUACAGUAUCACAAAGUCACCCCCUUUUAACUCAAAAGAUGAAAUUCAUUUUUCAAAGAAGGAAAAGAAAACAAAUGAACUCUGAUGUUGUAGCAUUGUGCUCAAAACAUCUGUUCAUCAUUGCAUCAGUGCUGUGUUGAAAUAAUUGUAUAAAAGAUUUUGAAGUGUAUAGUGAGUUUGUAAUACAAUGAUUAGAGUUGUGAGAAUAUCAUGUCUCUUUCUAGCUCCCAGUGCUCUCAUGAGUGUUUUGUUUCUUAUACCUGUACACAUUCGAAUAAUAAGCAGCUAAAGAUGGAUUCUCUUAUUAGUAUUUUCAGUAAGUCAACACUUUCAUUGAUUCAUUUUUGUGUAAGUGAAUUUUUUUGGCCCAAGAACAACAGGGAACAUUUUUAUGAUCUACAAUUCAAUCAUACACCUGCUUGUAACAUCAUUUGCCAAACAUGAGAAGAAAACAGUAAAAUAAAAAAAAAACAAUUCUUAGAGGUCUAGUUUUGGGUGUACGACAGUUAAAUAGCAUGCUUAGCUUUAUACAUGUGAAUUGUUUCCAUCGACCAUGUUUCUGCAUUCUUGUUCCUAACUAACUGACAGGUUAUUUUAAAUAAGCUGCCCAGAAGAGAUCUUCAGAGAUCUGUGUAUAUAUCACGGAAUAUUAAAACAUCACUUGACAAAUUUGUAUCCUUUUGUUUGGUCAUAGAUAGUCUAGGUAUGAAAGUCCACAACAGUUGCAAAAAUGUUUGGUCCUAUUUAAUAAAAAAUAUUGGAGAGAAACCCUUA